UGCAACUGCAUUAAGACCACACCUGAGGGACCACUCUGUAAAGUUCACCUAUAGACUUCGCCAUGACAGACACUGUGUUUGGAAGCAACACGGAUCGCUGGGUGUGUCCCAGUGAUAGACAGCUCACCCUCCGAGCCAAUGAAAAGGAACAACUAGGUGGCGGCUGGUCAGUCCACUCCAACCAGACUGAACGACAGAGGAAGAACGAGGAGCUGACUGAUGAAGAGAAGGAGAUCAUUAACAAUGUGAUAGCAAGAGCAGAAAAGAUGGAGGUCAUGGAGCAGGAGCGCAUUGGACGACUGGUGGAUCGUUUAGAUACUAUGCGCAAGAGUGCUCUUGGAGAUGGCGUAUCACGUUGUGUAUUAUGUGGAGAACAAGUUGGCAUGCUUGGCGUGGCUUCAGUGGUAUGUGAAGACUGCAAAAAGCAUGUUUGUCAGAACUGCGGAGUUGAGUCGAACAGCAGACCCCGCUCUGUGUGGUUAUGCAAAAUCUGCAGUGAACAAAGGGAGGUUUGGAAGCGCUCUGGAGCAUGGUUCUUCAAAGGUUUUCCUAAACAAUUCCUUCCAUCACCAAUGCCAAUCACCAAGCAAAAAGAAAGUACUGGACAAAAAGACUCUCCUAUUGCGGAGUCUUCUGGCCAAGAACAAAGAGCUGGCAGUUAUUCUCGGACCCAGAAUCAGGGGCCUGCAGAAUUGCCAUCCCAGCAAUCAGAACCAGAAUGUCAAGCUGAACCAGAGGAGAGAAGACCCAUGGGCAGACGAGCAGUGAAAUCUCGUGAUGUCAGCCUCCACAGUGCUGAGCCAGGUGGAUACAGUUCGGAAGAAGAUGCUACUGCUGGCGCCUAUCGAGCUGCCAGAAAGGGGCUGAGACCCCAGCGUUCUGAGCCUGGCACAGAGAUUGGCAGAGGAAGUUAUCCACCAACGAAUCGAAAACCCCAGGAUGUACGUGCCACUCCCAGCAGUAACGAGUAUCCUCCCGCAGAAUCUGAAGCACGGGAGGCAUGUUUUGACAGUGCCGACAGAGAGGUUAACCGGAAUCCUGUAGCAGUUAAAAGAGCUACUUCUGUGCAGGCACCUCGUCCAGCACCAGUGGUCCAGGCAACUCAGCCAGGUAAGAGUGCACCACAGAGUGGUCCACCUUCUCGAUACCUUGAGCAGAAGCCAGGCGGUGUACCAGCAGCUGUUGUACAGCCACAAAGUGUACCGAGAGAGGAGAAGAGGCAACCAGCUCCCCCUGCACAACUCCCACCUGAGGAAGAUGAAGAGGAUGCCAACAGCUAUGACUCUGAUGAAGCCACAACUCUAGGCUCCUUGGAAUUCAGUCUGUUAUAUGACCAAGAAAACAGUUCCUUACAUUGCAGUAUCAUUAAGGCAAAGGGUUUGAAGCCAAUGGAUUCCAAUGGAUUAGCUGAUCCAUAUGUCAAAUUGCAUCUUCUGCCAGGAGCCAGUAAGUCUAACAAGCUGCGCACAAAGACAUUAAGAAAUACACGCAAUCCUAUUUGGAAUGAAACCCUAGUUUACCAUGGCAUCACAGAUGAGGACAUGCAAAGAAAAACCCUGAGGAUUUCAGUGUGUGAUGAAGACAAGUUUGGACAUAAUGAAUUUAUCGGUGAAACCAGAGUGUCUUUGAAGAAGCUGAAAAUGAACCAGAAGAAAAACUUCAAUGUUUGCCUGGAACGAGUUAUCCCAAUGAAGCGUGCAGGGACUGCUGGAUCUGUUCGAGGGAUGGCACUAUAUGAGGGUGAUGCAGACAAAAGUGGUGACGCAGAAGAGCGUGGACGAAUUCUAGUUUCUCUAAUGUACAGUACACAGCAGGGUGGUUUGAUAGUGGGUAUUGUACGCUGUGUGCACCUUGCUGCAAUGGACGCUAAUGGAUAUUCAGAUCCAUUUGUGAAACUCUGCUUAAAGCCAGAUAUGGGGAAAAAGGCAAAAAACAAAACUCAGAUUAAAAAGAAGACCUUGAACCCAGAAUUUAAUGAGGAAUUUUUUUAUGAUAUCAAGCAUAGUGAUUUAGCAAAGAAGACGCUAGAUAUCUCAGUGUGGGAUUAUGACAUUGGAAAAUCUAAUGACUAUAUAGGCGGUUGUCAGCUAGGUAUCUCUGCGAAAGGUGAGCGACUCAAGCACUGGUAUGAAUGCCUCAAGAACAAGGACAAGAAGAUUGAGCGUUGGCAUGCUCUUUUAAAUGAGAACCAUGUUGCAAGUGAUUAGGUUCCUCUUGCACAACGUCCUCUUUCGCACCAAGUCCUAUGUUACUCCUCCUUUUACAAGUCUUGUCUUCCAGCUGGCCACUUUGGGAAAGCUUUAUUCUACACAGAUGCAUUCCACACUCCUGUCCCCACCUUCCAGAUGUAUGUCACACUUUUAUGAAGAGAAAGAGGCAGUAAAGGGUGUCUCCCCUAAUGUUUUCUUUGAUGGUUUAAGAGAGGUGGUUAUCCAUUUUGUCUGUAUAUGCCUAUAUAAAUAUAUAUAUAUAUAUAUAUAAAUAUUUAAAUGUUUCACCAUUAUGAAAGUACAGAUAGGGUCAAAGGGGGGAAAAGCAUACUUAUAAAAAAAAAAAAUUAUAUUUUUUAAAAUUGCCCUUGCUUCCAAUACAGUUACUCUCAUAACAUAAGUUUAAAGUUUUUCUUCAUCUUCCUGGGGAUGAAAAACUAGCACUUACUUUAUUUUACUGUGUCCCCUUUUAAUAUAUGGGAAGAUAAGUAAAGACAGUAGUAUUCAUAAAAACAACAGAAAGCAUGUAUUAAAUAAUUAUGACAUGUUUUUAAAAUCUUUCUGAAGAAAUGUUACACUGCAUUGCUUUGUUCCUGUGAUGAUGUUCCUUUCCCUCACUUGAUAGAAAAACAAACUUUUAUUAAAAAAAAAAAUUUUCCCCCAUAAGCAGUGAUAGUUUCAUGCCUUGCACAUGCUUUAUGUAUUGAUUCAUGCUAUGACUGGCUUAGCAAAUCGGAUCUAUACCGAUUUUUGAUUUUUUUUUUUUCAAGGGGAAUUUGUGUGAUCAUUUGGCUGACUUGAAAAUGGACACGGAUCAUUGUGUUUAGGAAAUUUCUUUCUUGUGUUUUUGUUUAAUGGCAUACAGCUGCCUUUUGUGUUAACUUUCAUCACAGUUCUUUUGCUGUGAAGUCAUUGAGAAUCGAUGGAAAAGCUAAAUGGUAUGGUCAAGAUAUUUUUGUUUAAGUCCUGAGUUGUGAGCAAGUAUGAUACUAGUUAUCUGCAAACUAGUUUCCUUUCUUUCCUAAAAUUUGAAUGGUGGUCUAUAGUUAGACUUAUCUAGAGAUAAGGUGAUGCUUUUUAUACCACCUAGCCCAAGAUAAGAAAACUGAUGAGAUUUUUUUGUUUAUCAGCUUAUUUUAUGCUUACGCAGUCAGCACAAUAACAUUUCUAAAAUAUGUUGUAGGAACAAGAGUAUUGUUAGUUGACUGGGAUUGCCACUAAAUUAGUGUAGUCUAUUUCUGACGCACAACUGCUUAUGCAGAAUUUUUGGGGAGAAAGGAAACCUGCCCUGUUCUUGUGAAACUGAUUUGUAGAACUCUUUUGGAGCGCAGAAGCUAUUAUAACACUUUGUUGUCUUUGUAUGUUACUUUUAGCCUUAAAGUAGUUUACUCAAAAUCAUGCGACUUGCUUAUGUGCAGACAACGUUACGUCUGUUUGAAUCUGUCUGUUUAGUGGCACAAGUUUUCCUCAAUUUUUUCAUUUUUUUUUCCUCUCAGAAGUUGAAAAAGCAAACUUGUAAUACUUCAUAGACUGGUUAGUGACAUGUACUGAACUAAUGAAUGUGAACUUGAAAAUGGGUCAUUGUUGGUAAUUAAGCCUCUGUUACAUCAAGUUCAAUGGUCAUAAAUAAAUGAAAAGUAGACCUGAUCUUGUGUAUGUGAAAGCUGAAUGGCUGCUGCAGAUGUGCAGCUCUUCCCUUUGCUCAUGCCAGCCUGCAUGUUAGCCAUAAUAAAGCCUGAAGGUGUUGCUAUCACUGCUAUAGAAAGAAAAGCACACAAUGUACAAUGUAUGAUCUCAUUCUUUAUACUGUAGUCUUGCAUAUGUUUCUUCACUCCCUAUGCAUGAAGCUUCUUGUAAAAUGAAUGACUUUCUUUCUUCUCUUGAGUAAUGCUUCUUGAACAAGCUUCUAUUAACAUAUACCUGUCUAUUAAGACAACAGUCUUCUGAACACUGGUUGAUGAAAAUUUAUGAUUAUAAUGCUUGUAUUCAAUACUACGCACCUUACUGAGUGAUAUGUUUGGCACAUAUAAUUUUGGGGUUUGUGCCUCAUCUGUGCUAUCUUAGUCACCCAUCAUCCAGUGUCCCUUUCCUGCAUUUUUUAAUCUAUACACCAACUGAGUCACCUUAUUCACUGUAUUUGUGUCAAAAGUGUCAUCUCUGGCUAUAUCGGGUUAAAGGAUAUAUCAGUAUGUGAUAAGGUAUAAAUCACUGUGUGCAGACAUAAUUUGAAUGUGCGACCUCAUUUUGCAAAAAUGUCCUCCGAGCCACGGUGAUUGUUACGGAUAAAUUCAUUCAAUAAACUAGAGGUCUGCUGCCAACAUUCACUUGCUGGAGUUUUGUUCAGUUGAACUGACUUAUUGUGACCCUAAAUACAGACCAAUAUCUAAUAAUAACUUAAAUACUGAAAAACUAAAAUGAUAUUUAUGACAAGUAUUUUGUUUCUCUCUUUCUUUUGCUCCCUUUCUAACAAUCUACAGUAAAUUUAAUUUUGAAACCUUCCAUGGUGUGUAUUUAGGAUAGCAAAGUGGUUAGUAUUGUUGUCUCAUUAUUCCUGACUCCUGUGUUCAGAUUUUACUCUGAAUGCUGUGCAUAUGGGGUUUUUCUCUAGGUACCCCAGUUUUCUUCCCUCAUCCCAAAAUAUUCCAUUUUAGGCUGGUUUAUGACCCCAAAUUUGCCUGUUCCUUGGUACUUGUGCCCAACGCUGCCAGAAUAGGCUGUGGCUACCCUGAACUGGACUAAGCAGGUUCAGAUAUUCAAAUGUGGCCAAGGACCAGAACCGGAGAGUAAAUGAAUGAAUAAAGAUUUUUUUCCCAACAUGUUAAUAGCAGAAUUGUGUCUUGUAUGAUACCUGCAUUUCAAUGAAAGUAUUAUUUUAAUUGGACGUCUGUCUUAAUUAAGCAGGCUGUAUUUAGUCAUUUCUUCUUUAUUGUGUCAAUCCGGGAAACUCCAACAGAGAAUGGUUUCAUGAAAUGUAGCAUUUAUGUGUUACAGGACAAUAAAUGACACACAUUUAUCAGUGUGUUGAUGAUUUAAAGCACACAAGUUGAAAUGACACCGAGAUUGCUUCUUUUUUGUUAGAACCUAUAUGUCUGCUCCAUUUUGUUAAUUGUCAGCUUUUGGAAACCGUUUCAGGAGCAAACUCCACAGAAAUGCCCUACAGUAAUGGGAGAAAAACACGUGUUUUAAAAUGUCUAUAUAAAUAUCACACCAAUCAUUUCUGAAUAAAGAAUAAGAGCAGAUGAAGGCAACCUAAUAGAAUAGUGAGAUCAAUAAAAAGUAUGACUGACUCACUGAUUGUGAAACUGAUUGGAUUGAAAACCUGCAGCCACAGGGGUCCCCCAGGACUUUGUUAAGAAUCAAUAGCAGCUUUGGUGCCUUCUUGCAAUGUAUUGAUUCAUGUACAUUAGUCAUUUUUUACUUCUGUCUUUCAAAAAGGCAAUAAUUUUUUAUUCGUUUUGCUGUCACAAUCACAAUGUUAAUACCACAGAAAACUUGUUUACAAUGAGAAGUUUAUUCUUUGGAUAUGUCAAGUUAACGUUAGAUGGUACUCUUACCCCAAGAUGUCUGCAAUCCCAAAUAUAACAAAGUGUUUUGUUUUUUUUAUUAAAAAAGGUGGACUGUGUUGAAUGGAAGGAAUGUAAAAGCUAUUGGUAUAAACCAUACAUUACAUGCAGAUCUAGUGAAAAAGCUAACAAAGUAUGAAAUUCCAUAUUGUUGUUAAGUUGAAGUGUGUUUUUAUUUGGUCAGGGUUACAUGUCAGACAUAUUUGCACCUUGCAUUUGAAAGUGAUUGGCAAUUAGAGAAUAGGGUCUACAGAUUGCACCUAUGGAUUUUAAGAUUAUAGCAGUCAUUGUCUAAAUGGGAUAAGCAACCAUUGGACUACCUACAAAUAAAACAAGGAAGAUAUUUAGCGUAAAGGGCUAUUUUAUAGCCUUAGAAUAAUCUUAUUUGGGUUCUGAAUCGGACAUUUUAUUAGACUAAAUGGUUAUUUUCAAGAAGUUUCUACUGUUUACACAAUGUUUCAGAUUAAACUUUAUAGUUUUGUAUUUGAGGCUCCAUCCAUUUACUUUUUACUGUUUUAAAUUGCCUUUAUUGCCUCUUUGUUUCUUUGUUCUGUGUUAUGCACUUUGUGCAUAACCUAACAUCUGCUUAGUGUAUGUUUGCAGUUUACCAUAUGUAGUUGAUCUUAUACUGUCUUUUUUGUUAAUGUGAGGAGUUGCUAAAAUGCAUAGCUUAACACAUCUUGUACCUUAGAAAACUGUGACUUUAUAAUUGGAAAAAGUGACUCUCUAAUCCAGUACAGCUGGCUUCCCGUAGAGGCCACUCAUCUGAUCUCUUUGGUUUGCCCUUGUGAAAGGUCCGUCUAAUGAACUCAGCCCACAGACGGCCAUUGACCAGUGCUCAAAGCCACUGCUGUUGUUUCUUUAUUUCUUUCUUGACAAUCUGCACCUUCUGUGCCCCAGUAAACCAUGACAUUUACUUUUAUUAAAUUUAUUUACUUUCAAUGAUGCAGGGCAAUAUUCCUGGAGUGUGUAAAUACGUAGAGCAUGUACUGCAGCUCACCCUGAAUUUCUAAUGUAGGUUAAUAAUAGGUUAAUGUUUGACAUUUGGUCAGCAUGUAAAAAUUUUACACCGAGUCACAGAAAUAGUAAACCAGGUACAUUAUGUAAAAGCUCUGAAUUUUUUGCAUGCAAAAUAUGAUUCUCGUAUUCUUUCCAUACUAGAGUGAUGUAAUAAUUAAACAUAUAAAUGUAUAAAAA